CAAGGAGGCCAUGAUGGAGGAGCACCAGCCUCUUAUAUCACAGGAAAGUCCCAGUACAAAAUGUGAAAAUGUCAUGUUACCACUAGAUGAAGAUAUCCUGCAGCGCUCUUCAGAAGAAAACCUCAUUACCCUUAAUGUACAUCCAGGACUUCACAGUACAGAUCUGUCAUAUAAUCCUCCUAAUUAUGAGGAACUUUCUUUUGACCAAUCACAGAUUGUUACCGCAAGUGCAAAUCAGAAAAGGAUUGAAAGGUUUCAUUGUGGUAAAGAAUCCACAAACAGCUCAGGACUUUCCACACACCGAAGACGUCACACAGGAGAGAAAAUGUAUUCAUGUUUAGAAUGUGGGAAAUAUUUUACACUGAAAUCACAUCUUGUUAAACAUGAGAGAUAUCACACAGGAGAGAAACCAUAUUCAUGUUCAGAAUGUGGGAAAUGUUUUACAGAGAAAUCCAAUCUUCUUAGACAUGAGAGAAGUCACACAGGAGAGAAAGCAUAUACAUGUUCAGAAUGUGAGAAAUGUUUCACACGGAAAUCAAAUCUUGUUAAACAUCAGAGAUAUCACACAGGAGAAAAGCUAUUUUCAUGUUCAGAAUGUGGGAAAUGUUUUACACAGAAAUCCAAUCUUGUUAUACAUGAGAGAAUUCACACUGGGGAAAAGCCGUAUUCAUGUUCAGAAUGUGGGAAAUGUUUUACAGAGAAAUCAAAUCUUGUUGGACAUGAGAGACUUCACACAGGAGAUAAACAAUAUACAUGUGCAGAAUGUGGGAAAUGUUUCACACGGAAAUCAAUUCUUGUUAAACAUCAGAGAUGUCACACAGGAGAGAAAGCAUAUACAUGUUCAGAAUGUGGGAAAUGUUUUAGACAAAAAUCACAUCUUGUUUUACAUGAGAGAAGACACACAGGAGUGAAGCCGUAUUUAUGUUCAGAAUGUGGGAAAUGUUUUACAGAUAAAUCAGAUCUUGUUAAACAUCAGAGAUAUCACACAGGAGAGAAGCCGUAUUCAUGUUCAGAAUGUGGGAAAUGUUUUACACAGAAAUCAGAUCUUGUUAUACAUGAAAGACUUCAUACAGGAGAGAAGCCAUAUUCAUGUUCAGAAUGUGGGAAAUGUUUUACACAGAAAUCCAAUCUUGUUAAACAUGAGAGAAGUCACACAGGAGAGAAGCCAUAUUCGUUUUCAGAAUGUGGGAAACGUUUUUCAGAAAUAUCAAGUCUUCUAAAACAUUAAGAAGAAUCACACAUAAGAGAAGAUGCAUUCAGAAUAGGAAAAAAGUUUUUUGUUUCUAAAGCCAUAUUUAGGGGUCAUUAGUGAAGUCACACAAAAGAGAAGCCAUAUGGCCACAAUAUAUCACUGGGUCAUAGACAUUGUUUUCAUUUCAGGUUGUAUAUUUGGAUAUAAAAGCUUAAUUGAUGUCACAUAACGGCUUCUAUAAAACAUCUGAUAAAUCCUGUUUAGGAAGACAUAUAUUCUGUUCAUGACUUAUAUUUUAAUCCUUACAGUUAACCUUUUCAGCCCCGGAGGGUUUUUUGCAUUUUCCUUUUUUACUCCCUGCCUUUCCAGGACUUUUUUAUUUUUACGUUUACAUUGCCAUAUAAGUGCUUGUUUUUGCGGGACAAGUUGCAUUUUCUAACUCCACCAUUUAAUAUUGUAAAUGAUAUAGUGGGGAGAUGGAAUAAAAAUACAUGUGCAGUGAAAUUGUAAAAAUAA